GAGUGAAAGACACCAUAAGCUUAACGUCGCGUGCACGUUAGCGCCAAUUUUCUAAAAAUAAUUUUGAUUUUGCACGUUACUUUGUAUCGGAAGGACCUUCGAAAUUCAAACUAUGGCGGGUGUACCGCAGAAUGUUCAGUCAAUGGAGGCAUCUCUGCAGGAAGCCGGUGGUCAUGUGGACAUCUUUCUCAAUAAGGAUAAAGGUUUUCCAGCCCUGGAGGACCUCAUAUCUGCUGCCAGGACAGGUCCGGCUACGAUGAGCGGUACAACGGACAAUGAUUUUCCUUCAUUAGCGGCGCCCUCUAUUGGUCUUGCUGAUCUACCACUCCUUGGACCAACAAAGAAGACCCCUCUGCCUCCAGAGCUUGUGGAACAAUUCGGCCAUAUGCAAUGCUAUUGUAUGAUGGGUGCUUUUCCGGAGAUUAGCAGAGCAUGGCUGAGCAUCGAUACUGAUAUCUUUGUCUGGAAUUAUCAAGAUGGUGGAGACUUGGCUUACUUUGAUGGACUGAGUGAGACCAUCUUAUAUGCUGGCCUUGUGAGACCUAAGCCUAAUAUCUUCAGGCCUCAUAUCCGCUUCCUCAUGUGUAUCGCAACAACGGUGGAGAUCGUAUUGCUUGGUGUAAGCUUUACACGACCAAGAGAAGACAUUGAUCCAGAUGAUUUUGCUCAGAGUGAGAUGCACCUUAUUCCGGAACCUCUCUUUGCCAUUCCAUCUGACAACUCGCACAUCACCAAUAUCCAUGGCACCAAAGAUGGACGUAUCUUCAUGGCUAGCAAAGAUGGCUGCCUCUAUGAGCUUGUCUAUCAGGCACAGGACGGUUGGUUCAGCCGUAAAUGUCGUAAGGUCAACCAUUCAAGUGGCGUCCUUUCCUACCUCAUACCCAGCAUGCUCCAGUUUUCUGACAAAGAUCCAAUGGUUCAAAUUGCUCUCGAUGAAAGCCGUCACAUCCUGUAUACCCGCUCAGAACAAGGCACCCUAUCUGUCUAUGAUAUGGGUUCAGACGGCAAGGACAUGAAAAGGAUUACAAGCAUCUACUAUAGCAGUAUCCUACGCGAGACCAUCGCUGCGGCAAAGACUAUUGAUAGGUCACAUUUCAAGCAGCUAGUGCACAUAUCAGCAGUCACAAGUCAUGAAUCAUCGUAUAUACAUCUGGUUGGAGUAACUCACUCUGGCAUCAGACUAUAUUUCUCCACCACCCGAGGGCAGUAUGGUGACGUCAGCAAGCAGCGACCAUCUACCCUGUCCUUGGUUCACGUUAGGCUUCCCCCAGGCUUUACAGCGAACAUGUCUUCAGUCCGACCUAGCAACGUACAUGUAGCCUACUACAGCAAAGGUUGUUUGAUGUUAUGUGCAUCACAGAACGAAGAUAGCGACCGUCUUUGGUGUCUAAGCCACGAUGCUAUGCCAUUCCAACAGACGCUUAUGGAAACACAGGUAUCACACCAAGUAGACAGUAGGACCUGGUUUAUCUGCGAGAUUCCGUCUGAGGACCACAUCACUAGGAGAGAAGUACCCUCCAUCUCACUCUCUCCAUCCAAGUUCAGACCAAUCUCCUCCCCAUCAUCGCCCUCAUCCUCUAUUCCUGAUCCUCCCACUGUGGUGCAGCAGCAUGCCUUGCCAGCUCCCAGAUACGUCCUCCUCAGCUCACAGGGAAGUAUUAUCAUCUCGAGACUGAGGCCGGUUGAUCAAUUGAGGCAGCUUAUGCUGAACAACAUGGGUCCCAAAUGCCCAGCUGUGGAAAACUUCUUCAAAUUGCACAAGGAGGACCAGGCCUGUGCUACUUGUCUGAUCUUGGCCUGUUCCACUGCUUCUAGUGACCAAACCAUUGCUGAUUGGGCUACCCAAGCCUUCUUUCUUCAUGGCGGUGAACCGGGAGGUAUCAUGAUGGACCAGCAGCCUUCCCCAGUGGCCAAUCUCGCUGCCGUCUUCGGAGCCACAACCCCUGUUGUAGGCCAGAGUGGUCACGAUACUACCACCAGACCUUUUGGCAGUCCUGCAGGUGCCACGCCCGGUUCCAUGCGCCCCACGGUCUCCUCGACGCCCUUUCACCAAUCCACUCCUGCCAAUCAACCGCCCGCAGCCAGUCUACCUCGGUAUGCUCAGCUGUCUGGUAAAUUCCAGGGUCUGUGCUUGUACUUCAGCAGAAUUGUCAGGCCUAUGUGGGAGAACCGUCUUGUGAAAGAAAUACCUGUCAUCGGGCACCACCCUGUUAAGAUAUUGAUGUCCUUCAAUGUUGGGAGUCAUGAGCUGAGUUCUGUCCUAGGAGAUAUGAAGGCUUUGAAGAACUUCCUUGAGAAGAACUCCCAGUAUACCAUGAUGGCUGAGAACUUGGCUAUGAACAUGCCUGCGAGCAAUAGCAUGAUGCGAGGAGAUCCUCUCACAUCCGGUGGUCCAGCAUUGCAGAGAGAACAUCUCAGGUUGAGAGCGGAGGCGUAUGCUAAUGAACGGCAGGCCCUGGUGAACCUUCAAAAGUUGGUUAACAUGACGGUCGAGGUACUCGAUAUGCUGAAGCUCCUCUGCUAUCAUCAGUUCCACAUUGUUGCAGCAACACUUUCUCAGAUUGAUCAAGAGGAGUUGAAGAAGAUGACAUUCAGAGAUCUGGUAUUAAGAGGAAAAGAAAUGUGUGGAAGUCUGAUCACAGCGGUCAUCAAUCGAUACAUAGGAGACAACAGCACAACGGAUGCCAUCAGUACUAGGCUAAGAGAGGUUUGCCCGUCACUCUACAGCACCAACGAUGCCAUCUGUACAAAGGCCAACGAGACGUUACAAGCAGCAAAGACAGCUGAAACCAAGUCUGUUGGGGACAGACUACUCAGAGAAUCAUUAGAGCUUUUCAAGAAAGUGAGCCAGCAGCUUAACCUGUCAGCUGUAUGUGCAGAGUACCACGAAGCUCAUUACUACGAUGGAGUGGUAGACCUGUGUUUAUCAGCAGCAGUCAAGAGAGAUCCUCAUAACUUAGCUCUCAUCUUCUACAAGAAUGGCAAGCAACCUGAAGAUGCUCAAGGAAUGGAAGCAUUCUCAGCUAGAUAUGAGUGCUACAAGUCGAUUACGGAUAUCUUGGACCAGUUGCUGACUGCCAGUCAAGCCCAGCCGUCUUCCCCAGGGCUACCCAAUAGACCUGGAGCUCCCCCCAAACCUGAUCCCAACAGACUCUCAACUACAGAUGCAGAGCAUUAUUUGGACGGUAUGAUGCAUCGAUGCCUUGAUUCUGAUGACGAACUCUUCCAUGUUACCCUCUAUGAUUGGCUCGUUAACAAAGGACUCAAGGAACAGCUGCUUGAGAUAUCGUCGCCCUUCGUUGAACCGUACAUCAAAAGAGCCGUGCAUUACAACCCCGAUAGUCUUGAGAUGUUGGAUCUACUUUGGAAGUAUCAUGAGAAAUGUAAGAACUACCCGGCUGCUUCAAGGAUUCUCUGUAAGCUAGCAGAAAGACACAGUACGGAUGUGAAGCUACAGCAUAGGAUAGAGUACCUCUCCCGUGCAGUAAUGUGCAGCAAAAGCAGCAGUCUAAGGACCAGCUCAGCAAGUGAAGGGGAAUUCCUUCAUGAAAUUGAGGAGAAACUUGAGGUUGCUCGUCUUCAAUUACAGGUGUUUGAAGCUAUCUCACAGUCAUGUGACCAUACAGACCAACAUGUACAGAGCGCCCUCUCCAUCCUCAAUUCAGAGUUGGUCGAUAUCACAAGACUGUAUGGUGACUUUGCCAGUGAAUUUGGUCUAUCUAAAUGUAAGCUGGCCAUCGUCCACUGUGCUGGUCACUACGAGGAGGACCUUAUCCAAGACCUGUGGCAAGAAAUUAUUGAUAAAGAAUUGCAUGACAGUGCGGACAAGCUGGCAGCAACACGAAUGACCAUUCUGAGUAAACUACUCAUCAGCCUGGGCAAACUGUACAGCAAUUCAGAGAGAUAUUUUCCAUUGGACUUCUUGGUGUUGUACCUUGAGAAGAAGAGCUGUGAAUUGGAUUGGAAUGAAUCCUGGGUGUUCAAGGCUAUGCUAGAUGUGGGUGUACCUCUUCCAAAACUACACAGUGUCUAUGACAGACACUUCAGAGCCAAGGAUCCAUUCUGGCAGACAUCUCGUAAUCCUCAGCACAUGCUGCGUGUCAUUGCAUCUCUUCUCUCAACAUUCUCUGAUAAUGCUGCUCUUGUACCUGUUCAUGAUAGGCGUCUGUUCAUCAACUCCACACUGGAUGCCAUCGCAAGCUACAAGGUAGAGCUGGAGGCCACUCCUGGGAGACCUCACAUUAUACAGUCCUACCUUGAUAGCUUCACUGACCUACAGAACCGUCUGGACAGGAUGCAAAUCAACAGACCAAGAUAGGGCGCCCUCUUGUGUUUGCCUCACAAUCCUUUCAAAGUGCCUGAUGGGUUUCCUGUGAAUGUCUUAGUAUGGUUAAUCAGCCAAUCCCUCUCAUUGAAAGAUACUAUGGCAGGAUAGAGCACCCUCUUGAGUUAGCCGUACAACCCUAAAUACCUGGUUGAGGGCACUGUAAACAUUCUAGUAUGGUUGAUGUUCCAAUCGCUCUAAUUGAACUAUACUUUGGAAAGGACUUGCAUGUUGCAACCAAUAAAAAUCAGCGGUUCCCGCAGGUGUUCUUUUGCCGAUUUUGGAAAGAAUUUUAAAAAACUUAGCAAGAUGGACAUGUUCCUAGGUACUUUGAUCAUUUUAGUAAAGAAGCAGAGACUUCUGCAAAUCAUCCCUUACAAGGAUUACGAUGUCAAUGAGGCCUUAGUCAGUCAUGAUGGAAUUCCUCUGAUGGAAUCAAAUUCCGAUAAUGUUUACCUCAUUUUUCACACAAUAUUGAAAUUCGAUUUCUAACCUUCUCUGGGGGGAUUAGCAUUCAUAGAUAUGAUUCAGCCCUACAUUCAAUCUUACUUUCUACAAUGAAGAAUG